CGUCAGGGAGUGAACAUUUAUCCAUCUGUAGGCACCUCUACCUGCGGCAGUGAUUGUGCCCGUGCGUCUGAUGUGCAGCUCUGUGUCGCGGUGUCGCGGCCAAAUGGGAGAACGUCAGAUGAUUUGAUCCAACGGAGAUAAUAUUGUAGCAGCAUAGGUUUGUAGAUAUUGAUGGGUUUAUGUCCAGCCACGUGUAGGCGUUUUGCACACGCGAGUAUGCUGUGUGUGUUUUAGAGUUAUUACGCUUAUUAAAGUGGCUCUGCGAGUGAAUCGGUCAGUGCCGGAUGAAGAUAGUGCGGGGCCUGUAGCAUAUGUUAUAUUAAAAACAUUUUUUUUACUUGCAUAGUAAAGUAAUUGUAUUUUUUCAUUUGCUCUCCAGCCAGAUAAUACACACAUUGCUAACCGUAAACACCCAGUCGUUCAUAAAAGUUGAAGGCAGUAUAGUACUAUAGUAAUAGAGCAAGUGUAGAAUCACAGAACCGGAAUUGAUAGCUUGAAAGCAUUUAGCGCGGAGCGGGGCCCGUAGCUACAUUUGUAGCCACUUUUGUGACAAGCAUAAUCCGGCACUGGAAUCGAUCGUGACUUGAGAGGUGGUACGUAAUGGCCGGCUCGGUCCUGUUCACGUCCUCGUGGGUCGUGGGGUUCCUCGUCAUCGCCUUCAUCGUUCUCGUCCUGUUCGUCACACGGAGAAGCCAGCGCCCAGGAGAGCCUCCCCUUGAUAAAGGCCUCAUCCCAUGGCUGGGCCACGCCAUCGAGUUCCGGAGGGACAUGUACGCCUUCCUGCGGCGCAUGCAGCGCAAGCACGGAGACACCUUCACGGUGUGCUUGGGCGGAGAGUACAUGACGUUCAUACUGGACCCACACGAUAUGACGGCCGUGGCGCGCGAGGCACGCUCCACGCUCGACUUCACCGAGUUUGCGCGCAAGCUCGUUCUCAGCGUCUUCGGCGUUAACUUGAAGGCCGAAUUCGCCAAGGCGACAGAAGCCCUCAAUGUCAGCCACCUGCAGGGUAAAGGGCUAGUGGGCCUGACGGACGCAAUGAUGCACCAGCUGAACCUGGUCAUAGGGCCAGGUUCGUUUGACGAGGGAAAUGGCCGCGGGGGGUGCGGAGGCCACAGGGACACCAAGUGGCACGAGUCCGGCCUCUUUCACUUCUGCUACGACAUCGUGUUCAGAGCUGGCUACCUGGCUCUGUAUGGCCAGGACUCUGGCGGGCCGGCCGUGCAGCUUAUGUGCUCCCUGGAAGUAUUCAAGGAGUUUCGCAAGUACGAUCAGCUGUUCCCCGCCAUCGCUACGUCCUCCCUCUGGCCCGCCCAGAGGAAGGAAGCGGAGCGACUCCAGUCAUGGUUCUGGAAGCUCAUGGGGGAGACGCUGCUGCGUGCGCGUGAGCACCUGAGCCCCUGGCUCCUGAGCCAUGACGAAAAGCUGAUCGAGCUGCAGAGCGACAAAGAGACCCGCGAUCGCACCUUGUUCAUGAUGCUCUGGGCCUCGCAGGGUAACACGGGCCCCGCGGCGUUCUGGACGCUGGCGUAUCUGAUGAGGCACGCGGACGCCAUGGCUGCCGUGCGCGCCGAGGUGCAGCAGCUGCUGGAGGCGACGGGGCAGAGCGACGGCGCGGAGACGCGAGAGAUCUCGCUGACGCGCGACGCGCUCGUCAAGACGCCCGUGCUUGACAGCGCCAUUGAGGAGAUGCUGCGCCUGCGCUCGGCUCCCAUCCUCGUGCGUGCCGUCCAGCAGGACAUGACGCUGCAGGUUCCAGGCGCCAGCGGGCCGGGCACCAAGCUCCGUGCCGGUGAUCGCCUCGCCAUGUUCCCUCACCUGAGCCCCCACAUGGACCCCGAGGUCCACGCGGAUCCCGAGGAGUUUAAGUUCGAUCGCUUCCUGAACGAGGACGGCUCCAAGAAGACGGACUUCUUCAAGUCUGGGCGCAAGCUCCGGUAUCCCACAAUGCCCUGGGGUGCCGGUGUGUCCAUCUGUCCUGGGAGAUUCUUCGCUACCAACGAGAUCAAACAGUUCAUUGUGCUGAUGCUGAUCCACUACGACGUCGAGUUGUCCGACCCCACCACUAAAGUGCCAGACAUCAACGUGUCGCGAUUCGGAUUUGGCGUCAUGCACCCAACGCACGAAAUUUCCUUCCGUUACCGCCCGCGCUUCUGAACAGCGGUCGACACUACCCUCCUUGCCUGGUCUCUAACCCUGCCCUGCUGCUCCUUCUCCCUCUCCUGUGAAGAUGCUGUUUGUAUCUCAGACAUCUCUCAAAUUUGACGAGAAUGACUGUUUCAGUCGCUUGAAACUGUUCAUCCCUCUUUGAUUGUUCAACCUGUUUGCUUAAAUUCUUGUCCAUUCUACCACCUGUCAAUCUGUCAGUACAUCUGUCAGUCCAUCUGUCAAUUAUCUGUUGGUUCGUUUAUUCAUCUCUGUAUAGAUAUCUGCCCACCUGUAUAUGCUUGUUUCUGUGCUGCAUGACUGUAUCUCCACCUGUUUGUCUAACUGUCUGUCUUUCGGCACCCCCUUUGUGUCCAUCUACAGAGUUGUUUAUGUCCCUGUUCAUAUGUCUGCCCACCUGUGUAUUUAUUCAUAUAUACAUCCUUUCAUCAGUCUGUCAUGAUCAUACAUCAUCCCGACUGCUUUAGUUGAAUUCAAUGACGUAAGAACUGGAUGCUCCAACCCACAUAGGAUUCCAACUUUAUCUGAAUUCAUGCCUUAUAUGGUAAAUACGUCUUUGGCAUGGAAAAUGAAGUGUUGUUUAUUCAAUUAAAAGUUGUUUGAAAAAAAUACAUCGGCUGGAUGAAUACAUUACAGUGUACGCAUCCUGCAAACAACAUUCCCUAUUCCCGAAGAGAAUAAAAUGUAUCUUGUAGAAUAAAUUUACUAGUGUUAUGUUUAA